AUGCUGCAGUGGGGAAUCCUGAGACCACACCAUGUGCUUGCCUUGGUGCUAUGUGUGUCAGCCACUGAGGACUUUGACUGGACAAAGAACGAGAGAACGUCCUUCUACUACGGCACCUUCCCAACUGGUUUCUCCUGGGGAGUUGGCAGCUCUGCUUACCAGACUGAAGGAGCCUGGAAUGUGGAUGGAAAGGGAAUAAGCAUCUGGGAUGCAUUUUCCCAUAAAAAGGGGAAAAUAUUCUUGAACGACACAGCAGACUCUUCAUGUGAGGGAUACCACAAAUUCAAGGACGAUAUUGCCUUGAUGAAGGACAUGAAGCUGAAUCAUUAUCGUUUCUCCAUUUCCUGGCCAAGGAUUUUACCCACUGGACUGAAAAGUGAAAAAAUCAAUGAGAAAGGAAUUAAAUAUUACAGUGACUUGAUUAACAUGCUACUGGAUAACAAGAUCACACCCAUUGUCACUCUAUACCACUGGGAUUUACCACAGGUGUUACAUGAGAAAUAUGGCGGUUGGCACAAUAUCAGCAUGGUGAAUUACUUUAACGACUUUGCUAACUUAUGCUUUGAAAGAUUUGGAAACAGAGUCAAGUACUGGAUUACUUUCAACAAUCCUUGGUCCAUUGCUGUGGAGGGAUAUGAAACAGGUGAACAUGCACCUGGACUGAAACUGAAGGGAACAGGAGCUUACAAAGCCGCCCACCAUAUCAUCAAGGCACAUGCUAAAGUAUGGCACACGUAUGACAUGCAGUGGAGAAGCAAACAGAAAGGCCUGGUUGGGAUCUCGCUGACUGCUGACUGGGGUGAACCAGUGGACAUCUCCAACCAGAGGGAUAUCGAAGCAGCAGAGAGAUACAUUCAGUUCUACUUGGGCUGGUUUGCUACACCUCUCUUCCAUGGAGACUACCCACAAGUUAUGAAAGAUUACAUUGGCAGGAAGAGUGGCCAGCAGGGUCUGGGAGCUUCGCGGCUGCCCGUCUUCUCUCCUCAGGAGAAAAGUUACAUCAAGGGCACCUGUGACUUCUUGGGUCUUGGACAUUUCACAACUCGCUAUGUCACUCUGAAGAAUUACCCAUCAGGAGCUGGAGACAACUAUUUCUCUGACCGUGACCUUGCUGAACUGGUUGACCCACAAUGGCCUGACCCUGGUUCUGAAUGGCUCUACUCCGUUCCCUGGGGCUUCCGACGCUUGUUGAACUUUGUUAAGACUCAGUAUGGAAACCCCAUGAUCUAUGUGACAGAAAAUGGUGUGUCAGAGAAAAUGCUGUGCACCGACCUUUGUGACGACUGGAGGAUGAAGUACUUCAAAGACUACAUCAACGAAAUGCUCAAAGCGAUAAAAGAUGGGGUCAAUGUGAAGGGGUACACGGCCUGGUCUCUCCUCGACAGCUUUGAGUGGGAUGAAGGCUUCUCUGAGAGGUUUGGGCUCUACUACGUGGACUUCAGGAGCAAAAAUAAGCCACGCUACCCAAAAGCUUCUGUCCACUACUACAAACGCAUUAUCAGCUCAAAUGGCUUUCCCAAUCAGAGAGAGGUUGAAAGUUGGAAGAGGAAAGCUGUAGAGACGUGCUCCUCCAGUAACCAGCUGCUGGCUGCAGCUAGAAGAAAGUCAAAGGAAAAUCAGGAACUUGCAGGAAUGGAACAGGCUUGGUCAAUCCAUGAUGAAGUUUAG